GGGCUUAUCACUGUCUGGACGUGCGGCGGCCCAGCGUCCUACUACUGGCAGAGUGAAAUCGGUGAGAAGAGAAGUUUCAGCAGGUGAAAACCAUGGCCGCUCCGUUCAGAUCACUCGUGGAAGAUUAUGGGAGAUACCUCAAAUCAUUUGAGCUUUUUCUGGAGCGCUCAUCAGAGCACCAGUGCAUGCAGGACUUCAUUCAUAAUACACUUCCAGACAUACUGGCAAGCAUUGGAGGGGGGAGAUCUGUUUUCAAUGUAAUGGGAGUGGGGAGUGGAGGAGGCAAGAUUGAUCUAGAGAUGCUAGCUCAGCUACGCCUAAAACAUCCACAUGUUAAAGUCGACAAUGAAGUGGUGGAACCAAGCGUCGACAUGCUGCACAAAUACAAGGUACGGGUGUCAACAACUCCAGAUCUUGAUCAUAUUAACUUUAAGUGGAAUAAGAUGACGGCUUCUGAAUUUGAAAAACACUGGCAAGAGAAAAACCCUGGGAAAAAGAUGGACUUCAUUCACAUGAUACAGAUGCUGUACUAUGUCAAAGAUCCAGAGGCUACUGUCACAUUUUUUCGGAGUCUUCUGCACAAAGAUGGGAAACUCUUAAUCAUUCUAGUGUCAGGUGAGAGUGGAUGGGGAAAAUUAUGGACAACCUUUAAAACACAACUCUGUAAUACAGAGAUCAGCCAGUGUGUUACUACAGGAGAUAUAAAGACCUUCCUAGAUACUGAGGGCAUCCCCUACCGGAACUAUGAGCUUCUGUCCCAGAUGGACAUCACAGAGUGCUUCACUGAGGGAGACCAAGUGGGAGAACUGCUGCUGGAUUUCCUUACCGAGGUCAUGGAGUUCAGUAAGAAUGCUCCUGAAGAUCUGAAGAAAGGAGUACUGGACAUACUGAGACAUCCUGAAUGCAGUAAAGAGGUGGAUGGCAGGAUCAUAUUCAACAACAACUUGGGAGUCUUAGUGGUUGAGCCGUAGCUCCAAGACUCCUUUAUACCUCACCUCCACAAGAAUAUACAUUGGUUCUCAACCAUCACUGUCCACUUUUGUCAAUAAUAUUAAAAGGAUUAGGAAUUUUAUCUUCACAAUUUCUAGAUUUUAACUUUAAAAACUAGACUUGAUGUGUAUGUCUAGACUAGAUGUGUAUUCAUUAAUACACAGAGUUGUACGUUUUUAUUAAUAUCUAUAUUUUUAGAAAUGUUGUUUCUGCAUUUUUUCCAACAGAGAGAGUAAGAAAUGUGGCUUAUCGUACCAAUUGCAUAUAUUUUAAUGCAUUCAUUUAAGAGCCUUAAACUACUGUCACCUCAUUCAAGGUAAUUGCUGUUCUAAAGAAUGUAUUAUUAUAACACAAUGAUGUUGUUAUGGGUGAACAAACAGGAAAAGGAAGACUGUAGAGAACAAUCCACAGUUUAGAUUGCAUCAACAUCAAACAAAACUGUUUUAAUGAACGCCUGUGUAAGUGACGGGUCAUAAAACUCCAGAAUGAGUAA